GAUACGGAACUGCGUGUGAUGUCAUUUCCGCAGGAAGUCGUCUGGCGCUGGAGCGGUCUUCUGUACUUGCUGCCACGUCGAAGUACUUUGUGAACCCGGUUAAUUCAUUGUGGGGAGGCGAGACAAGUUUUUUGAGGAGUUUGUGGUUAAACAGCAGCGAUGGUCUCCGUCAUUAACACAGUAGACACCUCCCACGAGGACAUGAUUCAUGAUGCUCAGAUGGAUUACUACGGGACUCGACUUGCCACGUGUUCCUCUGAUCGCACCGUCAAGAUCUUUGACGUCAGGAAUGGAGGACAGAUUCUAGUGGCAGACCUCCGAGGUCAUGAAGGGCCCGUCUGGCAGGUCGCGUGGGCCCACCCAAUGUUUGGGAACAUCCUGGCCUCCUGCUCCUACGACCGUAAGGUCAUCAUCUGGAAGGAGGAGAAUGGCGCCUGGGACAAGAUGUACGAGUACACGGGGCACGAGUCCUCAGUGAACUCGGUCUGCUGGGGUCCCUAUGAGUUCGGUCUGAUCCUGGCCUGCGGCAGCUCCGAUGGAGCCAUUUCCCUCCUCACAUUAACGGGAGAUCAGCAGUGGGACGUCAAAAAGAUCAGCAACGCCCACACUAUUGGCUGUAACGCUGUGAGCUGGGCUCCUGCUGUGGUUCCAGGCAGCUUGAUAGAUCAACCGUCCGGACAGAAACCCAACUACAUCAAACGCUUUGUCUCUGGAGGCUGCGACAACCUGGUGAAACUCUGGAAAGAGGAGGACGGUCAGUGGAAGGAGGAUCAGAAGCUGGAGGCUCACAGUGAUUGGGUGAGAGAUGUUGGAUGGGCUCCUUCCAUCGGCCUCCCCACCAGCACCAUCGCCAGCUGCUCCCAGGAUGGGCGUGUCUUCAUCUGGACAUGUGACGACCCAGCAGGCAACACCUGGGCGGCGAAGCUGCUGCACAAGUUCAACGACGUGGUGUGGCACGUCAGCUGGUCCAUCACCGGGAACAUUCUGGCUGUUUCAGGCGGAGACAACAAGGUGACGCUGUGGAAGGAGUCGAUGGAGGGUCAGUGGGCGUGCAUCAGCGACGUCAGCAAAGGCCAGGGCGCCGUCUCCACCAUCACAGACACGCAGCAGAACGAGCAGUGACACCAGACGGGGACGGUCCCGGGCUUUUGGACUUUUUCCUCCUUCAUUCCGUCAUGAACUUCAGUCCUCCUCAGACCUCGAUGGUCGGAGCUCCUCGUCCAGACGGCGAGCCUUAUGCGCCCAGGCUCCUCCCCCUCUCAGCAUCUUUGUUUCAUCCAAACGGGUUCCACCAGCAUCGUGGUCCUCUGAUCUGUCCCUGUGGAUCUGGAGGAGAACGUUUAGAUGAUCCAGAACUUCCAGGAUUGGACUGAAGAGUUCUUGAUUCUUGAUACAGUUUAAAUUGUAAAAGUUUCCGAUCACAGGAAUGAAACUCCGAGAAAGAUCUCUGGAAUCUGUUCUCAAACAUCCCAAAAGUUUUCUGGAGUUCAGUCGGCUCCAGGUGGUUUUUCAUGUUUGAUGUGAUUCUAAUAAAUUAAUACCAAACAUU